GUCGGAUGUAAACAACAGAUUUUUUUUAUAUGUUUAUGUUUAACUUUUCUGAAGGGGGUGAUGCCAUCUCAGCUGUCAGUACCACAGCAUGAUGCAGGUGCAGGACUGUAAACAGUUAAGAAAGUUCAUUUUUUUGGACUCUGCUGGUGAUGUGUCAGAAUGCCAAGAAACAACAUUUAUACAAGAUAAACAGCAUCUAGAGUCAGUUUUAGGUCAGAGUCCGGAAACAUGGUUUGAAACGUUGACAGCUCGUCAGAUACAGUGUAGGAAAACUAGCAGUGUGAAACCCCGAUGGUCAGUGAUAGACAGCCCAGCCAGUUCUAGCAGUGUAAAACCUAGAUGGUCAGUGAUAGACAGCCCAGCCAGUUCACCAACGGUCAGUCAGCUGAUCCGUGGUCAGUUGGCAGUUGGAUCCUCCCCAGCUGGUUUGAGACACAGCAGUCCUGCGCCAUAUUAUGAAGAGAGUUUUAGGGCUCGGCGCAGCCUUGGAACUCCAAAGGCAGAUGGCUGGGAGAAGCCCUUACUUGGGCUCAGUCCUGGACCAUCUCCAAUUGGACAAAAUGUAUCAGUACUCACUCAUCCCAGCUCUAGUGGUGUGUAUAGCCUGGGAAUGGACGAUUCUACACUGUCAUGGACAAACUCCUUAGCCACACCUCCAAGAGAUGGCAGUGACAUUGAAUCCCAGGAUAGUGAGACAGAAUCCUCAUCAUCCAGAACAAAAGAUACAGCGAGAGCUUUAUUUUCUCCUGGAAGUAGACUGGACUCCACUGGGGAUUCUGUUCUUCCAUUGGACAGUACAUUUGAAGAGGACCAGUCUGAUAUGGAUGGGUCACAGUCUGAUAAAUCACAGUCCAGUUUGUCACAGUCUAACAGAGAGGGGAACCAGACUAAAAAUGGGUCCUUUGGGACUCCAGAUGUGAGGAAUAUAUCAAAUAUAUUGUCAUCUCAGGAAGUUCAAUCAAAAGCAGACCUAUUGAAACCGAGUCCAACUGAACUCAAGCAUAUGGAGAACUGGAAAGAAAAUUUUAAGAAGAGAUUAAUAUCAAGGAAAGAAAGUUUGUCAGAAAGCUCAAAGAAAUUCAAAUCUAAAAAUAAAAGCAGUCCAUCCAUUUCUAAUGACAGUAAGAUAGAUAAGAAAGUAAUCAAAAUCGAGCUUGAUAAUAAAUCACCACAACUAAGAUGCAAAAGUACUAGAAUACCAUCACAUAAUGAUCCAGAAGAACUAUCAUUAUCUCCAACAUUUUCCCAAAAGAGCAGCCAUUCUAAAACAAAAAGUCGGAAGUCUCCAAAUGUUUCCAGGCGGGAAAGAAGUUCUGUUGAUGAUGUUUUAUCAGAUUUCUUUGACCCACCAAGUGCUUCAGUAGGUAAACGAAAACCUGCACCCUCCAGAAAACGUAAAUCACUAGAAAUGGAAGAGAGUGCCAAUAUCGUAGAUAGUGUUCAAGUAGUGUAUAAUAGUGUUGACCCUUCUUUAAAUGUUUCUACACCUCAAUCAGCUUUGCAGUCCAUUUUAGCUUCUGAUAAAAAGUGUAAAAGCUCAUCAAGCAAAAAAGUAAGAUUUUCAGAAAAUGUUAAAAAGUGCACAUUUAUACCAGAACCAGAUUCAUUCUUAGAAAAAGGUGUUAAGGAUGAUAAGAUUCCAAAAAAGAAAAGGUCAUGUAUAAAAAAAGUAAGAACUAAAGAUGCUGUGAUGCAGAUUAAAAGUGAUAGUAUUAAAGAAAUGCCUAGGAACAAAAUAAGUGGUGAUAAUGCUGGUAAAGUUGGAAAUCAAGUAGAAUUUGAAAGUGCCAAAGCUGAUACUAGCUCUGACUUAGUAAUAAAAACAGGAUCAGGUAAGAAGGAUGACACUAAAACUGAUAAAACUUUAAAGCUUAUUGAAUUGAAAAAUAGUUCAACAAGUAUGGGAAAAGAUAGUGUUCCAAACAGAGAAAAAGAGCUUACGCCAUAUGCAGAAAACAAAGGAGAAAAUAGUGAUAACCCGGAAAAGUCUGCAGGGAGAGCAGCUGAUGAAAAUAAUGAAGAAGACUUAUUUUCUCAAGUAUCUCAAUCUGCUCUGAAUGAAAUGUGUGAUGUUGCCGAGAAGCUUGUGAAUAAUUCAAUAAAUGGCAGCUACCUUGCUAAAACAUUAAAAGACAACGUUGAGAACAAUGCAACACCAGUUAAAAAUUUAAAAGCAAAAAGGUUUUUCUACCCGUCAGUGAGUCAUUUAGUAGAUGCUACUUCAAAUAAAGUAUUUCAGUACAGAGAAGAUGAAUCUAAAAAUAUUAAUAGAAAAGUUUUGCUAAAUUCUGUAAAGAUGAAAGAUGUUGUUGAUACAGAUUCAGAUAGACCAGUAGAAAAGUCAGAGCAUGCAUGCGAGGUUAAAGAACAUGAGGGUGAAGAAGAAAACGAAAAUGGGGUUCAAUGGAGUAAUGCUUCUGAUCAGAAUUUGAAUGAUAUUAAAAGAGAAAAGUUGAAAGAUGAUACUGCUGUGAAUGAUGUGGAAUAUGAAAAGAAUGUGGAAAGCUUAACUAAGCAACAGUUCUCUGCAGUUUGUGGGUUCCAGUCCGCUGCAGGCAGACCAGUACACAUACCACAACAAGCUUUAGAAAAAGCCGCCACUUUACUUCAAGAAGAAUCUAAAGAGAAUGAGAGUAAGAAGUCAGUGAAUGAUGUUCAUGAUUCAGUCAAAGAUGUAAAACAAGUAUAUACUCAUACAGAGUUGAAAAAGACAAUAAGAAAUACUUUGGUAGAAGAAAACCAGUCUUCUUCAGGAAACGUUUUGCCUUUGCCUGUAAAGGAUUUUCAAAAAGACUUCAAAAAUAAAUAUGAUGAAGUUUUGACAAAGACUGAAAUUAAAGGCAGACUUAAAGAUGGGUCACACUAUUCUGAACUAGACAAUCCAAGUAAUUCAUUUACAGGAUUUCAGUGUGCAUCUGGAAAGACCCUAAAUAUUCCACCAGAAGCUAUUGCAAAAGCAGCAAAUUUAUUCGAGGAAGAUAAUCUAGAAAGUAAGACAAAUUUAGAGUUUAAAGUGUUAGAAGAAAACAAUGGGGCAGAUUUAAUGAAUGGACUCAAACCUGCUACUAGAAAAAAUAUUGAUUUGUUAGUCAAACAUACAGAAGCAGCUACACCAAGGUUUCCUGAUGGCAAAUCUGUAUCCUCAGAGUUAACAGAAGACAUUGUUAAUGAUCAGAGUUUGAAUGUGUUAAGAAUAGAUAGCAAUGUUUUCAAAGGAUUCCAGUCAGCCUCUGGAAAAGAACUUCGUGUACAGGACAAAGCUUUAGAAAAAGCAGCAAGCCUACUACAAGAAGAGAGAUUCAGUCCAGGUUCUUGUAGCACAAUAUGUAAGGAGCAUAUCGCUGUAAGUGAAGAAACAAAGAAAGAAACAAAGGAAUAUGGCUUUGAGGAUGAUUUUAUGGAAGAUUUUGAGUUCUCUGAAUGGUGUGAUGAUGAGAUGGAGCCCAGUGAGGAUCUUCUUUGUGUGGAAGAUGUAAAGACAGACAUAGGUGACAUUAAAGAAGAUAUUGCAAGUUCAAAGGUCUUUAAAGAACUUAAAAAUGUCAACAAAAGUAAAAAUGAACCAAAUGAGUGUGCCAAAAAAUUAGUAGAACUAAACGUAGAAACUGAUGUGGUAAAUGAAAAAGGUGUUUCAACUGCUUCAGAUAAUGUUGAUGAAAACUUAGAGCUUGAUAAGAGGGCACUGGAUAAAAUUGAAAAUUUAAGUGAAAGACUGCCAGUGAAGGAAAAUUUUGAAGCUGUUAAACAACAAAACAUUGAAAAAGAUAUUUCAAAGCCAUUGAUAGAUAGAUGUUGUAGUAAAGAUGCUGAGCUGAAAUUGCAAGAGACAAAUAAAAAUAUAAUGAUAGCAUAUGACCAGUCUAAACAAGACAGUAAGUUUGUAGGGUUUCAUACAGCUAGUGGCAAAUCUUUGAAUUUUAAUGAAGAAAGAUUAAAACAAGCUGAAAAACUUUUGACAGACACUAAUACUGAUAAGGUAUCUAGUUUGGAUGUAUCUGUAGAUCUUGAUGAAAGGGAAAGAGAUAACAUACUACCUAUGAAUAGACUAGCGCUUCAGGGGAAUACGGCUAGAAGUUGUCCCAAUGAGAAAGACAGAAAUGUUGGAUUUUCUUCUGAUUGUUGGACAUUGAAAGAAUCUUUAGCUACAAAAAUUGAUUUUGAAGGAGUGAAAGGAGCUGAUAUUUCUUCAAAGAAAGCUUAUGCUCCUAGGCAGAAAUUGUCUAUAAAUGGAGGAAAAGAUCCAGGCAGAAUUUCAGUUGCUGAAAGAUUAAAAUUAGAAUUUGAAAAAGAGUUAAGAAGAUAUGAAAUGGAAAAUAAUUCUCAAAGUAUUGAAAAUGAAUUGAAAAACUUAGAAAACUUCAAAAAGAAAAGAGAAGUACAAAUAAAUCAAGAAAAACAUAUUUGUGUUGAUACUGGAUCAAAGGAAGAACAUCCAUUGAAACAGUUUGCAGAAAAAACAAAUAAGCCGAAAGGGUUCCGACCCUUUAAGCCACCAAAGAUUACAAAAUUAUCUAAUCAAGAUAAAUAUCCACAGUCAAAAAGAAAAGACUGGGGAAAUGACACUGACAACAAUGUAAAAGUAGCUAAGUCUAGCAAUGAAGAGUACAAGGAUUCUGUUGGGAAAUACAUAACAGAUGUUACCAAAGCAAAUAAUACUGACAAUCCAGAAAUGAAAAUAAGUUGUUUGCAGACUUAUGAAGCCAAUCAAGACAGACCUGGAAAGUGUCAAGAUAAGGUAAAGUUAGUAAAUGAUAGAAAUAUUGUUUACCAUGGAUCAACAGAGAAACAUGAUGAUAGUAAUGUAGACCUUCCAAAGGUCAAUAAUGACACUAGUUUCAAUGACAUUAUUUGCAUGUCCAACAGAAACUUUGCUGAAGCGAAUACCAGCAACAUUAUGGAGUCAAAUUGUUUUGAUGACAGUAAAACUGUUGGAGAUUCAACUGUAAGUAUAAGUAAUGCUGACUUUGACGGGUUUAGUCAAAUGUUUGAUGAGGAAAUGGAAUUUACUGAAAUGGUUUCAGUGAAUGACAAUGGACUAGAGUUGAAAUGUUCAAGAUUAGAUAAUGCAGACAAUCCUAACAGUGAGAAAGUGGAUAAAGGAACACUUGAACCUGAAAAUAAUGAGACAAAAGGGAAAAAUACUCAGUCUGAUGUCAUAGAAAAAAUUGAUGGAAGAGAAAAUGGACAAACAACUGUAAAAGGUGUUGACAUUGAAAGGAAAAAGAAAGGGUUUUGUAAUGACUUUAAUGAAAAUACCACUGUAAAUAAGGGUUUUGUUGGUUUCUCAACAGCAUCUGGAAAAGCAGUAUGUAUUCCCAAGAAAGCGAUAAGAUCUGCUGCAAAACUGUUAUCUAAAUGUGAUGAGAAUCAGGGGAACACUGAUGAUCAUUAUUUGGACAAUGGCAGUGAAACAUAUUUCUUAAAACUUGAGGAGGAAAAUGAAAGUUAUGUGGGAAAAUCUUAUUCUAAUGAAAAUAUUGGGGAUAAGAAAAGAAAUAAAGUAGUGGAUAAGGAAGGUUCUCAGUGCAUAGAUAGCUCUCACAUGAAUCAGACUAGAAACUAUUUUGAUGAUAAUAAAUCAUUUACUGGUAAGCAGAUGAAACUGCCAGAAACCAUUGAAGAAGAAGUUUUUAGAAAAUUCGAUCAAAAGUGUGGUGACACAUUGGAAAAUGGUAAAUUGUCUGAGAACACUCUUGACCAAAAGUAUAUCAAUCCUAUUCCAUGUUUCUUUCAGACUGCAAGUGGUAAAUCUGUCAGUAUCUCUGAGGCUGCAUUGAAAGAAUCAAAGAAGUCCAUGGAUGUAACCACAGUAGAAAAUAUGGAAAGCCUGACAGAAGAGAUUUGGAAUGAUAGUAGCAACCGUUCUAGUUCACAUUUGUCCAACACAUCUAAUGGAAAUAAUUCAGAUGAAGACAUCAAAUCAAAUAGAGGACUUAAAAGUAAUGUAUGGAACGAAAUGCAUGUAUUGGAUACAAAAUGUAUUGAUUCUUUAUUGUCUUGUAAGGACAAAGUAAAAUCAGUUUGCUCUUUUCAAACUGCUAGUGGAAAGUCAGUCAGUAUAUCAUCUGAAGCACUGAAAGUUGCAAAACAGACAUUAGAUGGGAUGGAUGUUGAAAAUGAUGUGGAAGAGGAAAAGUCGAUAGAAUUGUGUCCUCUGAAACAGGCUUCAAGUGAUGAUAGUGUUGAGAUAUCAAGAAAACCUGUAAUUGAUGUCAAUGUGGGUUAUAUGUGUGACAAAAUUAGAAAUUCAUCUGAUGAUCAUAUUGUACCAGAGAGUUUAAAUCUUGAUGAAAUGAAAGACAGCAGUGUUUCAACAAGUUCAGAGUUGUUAUCAGCACUUAAUCCAAUUAAAGAAAAUGUGUCAGUUUUAAAAGAAUGCAGAGAGAACAUGGAUAAUGUUAUAAGGUUACCAGAAAGUAAUUUAAUGCCAAAGUUUUGUGGAUUUAAUACUGCCUCUGGAAAGAAGGUUGAAGUGUCUGAAAAAGCAUUGAAAUAUGCCACAGAAACAUUAGCAAGUGCGGAAGAGAGGCUUGAUAGUGUAAGAAAAAGUUCUAAGAAUGAACAUAAACCAGCAAAUAAAGAUUUUGGAAUGGCAUCAAGACAUGUUGAGAUAUCUCGGGCAAACCUUGAUCUUUUAAAACUAUCUUCCAAUGGUAAUAGUGAACUGAAUUUAGACAAGGAAAUUGUAAAAGAGAAAUCAAAAACUGAUCAUGCAUCAAAGGUCUGUGGUUUCAGUACAGCUUCUGAAAGUAACGUUGAGGUAUCUGAGAAUGCUUUGAAACAUUCAAAAGAAACAUUAACAAGUGCUGAUGAGAGCAAUAUAAAAGUUGAAAAGGGGAAAAAGUCUCUAAUGGAUAAUCAUUUUGUGUCUUUCGCAAGUUUUAGUAGUACAGGAAGAGAAGUUGAUACCUCGGAAACAACACUGAAAUAUGCUCAAGAAACUUUAGCUGAUGAAUUUAGAGAAGAAUUGAAAAGUAUUGGAGAGUUUUCAAAGCCAGGUGAGGUUUCCAAUUUCUAUGGGUUUAGUACAGCCUCUGGUCAAAAGGUAGAGGUCUCAGGGACAGCUCUUAGACAUGCCAAAGAACCUUUAGGAAAUACUGAUGCAAUGGGUGAGGAAUUUUUAGAUGUCUCAGAGAAUGAUGUGGAUGGUUAUAGACAAGAAUCAUUUAAGUUAAAAAAGCCUGGUAACAUGCAACUACCCUGUGCAGAAAAAUGUGAAAAAGCUUUGAAAGCUAUCAAAACCACCAUUGAAAUUAGUCCACUUGAGAAAAAUCCAGAUUUUGUUGGUUUCAGCACAGCUUCUGGAAAGAGAGUGCAAGUAUCAGAUAAAGCAUUAAAACAUGCAAAAAAGGCAUUAGCAAAUGAUGACGAAACUGACAAUCUUGAAUCCAUUUCAGUGUUGUUUGAUUGUAGUGUACCAUCUAACAGUAAAAUCCUUGAGUCUCAAAGUACCUCAAACCAAGUUGAGACAAAUUUAGCUGGUGAUGAUUUUAAUAGAACUGAGAACAGAAGUGGCAAUAGUAAAGAUUUUUCUGGGUUUAGUACAGCUUCAGGAAAUAAAAUUUGUGUAUCAGAAAAGGCCAUGAAGUAUGCUAAAGAAAAGCUUAAAGAUUCUGAUAAAUCAUUUGAAAGAAAUAGAGAGAAACCAGAGUUAGUUGCUUUUAGUACCGCCUCCGGAAGUAAAGUAUGUGUGUCAGACAACGCAUAUGAAAAAUCAGACGAUUCUGAUGAAAUGAUGUACAUAUCUGAUACAAGAACGGAAUUUACUAGUUUUAGCACUGCAUCAGGGAAUGCAAUUUCUGUAUCAGAAAGUGCCUUAACAUGCGCUACAGAAAAGUUAGUAGAUACUGAUAAAGCUGUUGGCAUAACUGUAAAAUUACAUGACUUAGAUGGUUUCAGCACAGCUUCUCAAGUACAGUUUACAGAUGGUGAUAAAGCUGAAAAUGUUCCCAAAUUUGAUGGUUUUAGCACGCCUUCUGGUACAGAAGUUAAGGUAUCUGAAAAGGCACACAGGUAUGCAAAAGGGCAAUUUACAGAUGUUGAUGGAUUUGAAAAAGUUGAAAAUGUUCCAGAAUUUGUUGGCUUUAGCACAGCAUCUGGUACAAAAGUCCAGGUGUCUGAAAAGGCACUCAAGUAUGCAAAAGGACAGUUUACAGAUGGUGAUGACUCUGAUAAAGCUGAAAAUGUUCCAAAAUUUGAUGGUUUUAGCACAGCUUCUGGUACAAAAGUUCAAGUGUCUGAAAGGGCACUCAGGUAUGCAAAAGGACAGUUUACAGAUGGCAGUGGACUUGACAAAGUUGAAAAUGUUCCAAAAUUUGUUGGCUUUAGCAUAGCAUCUGGUACAAAAGUCCAAGUGUCUGAAAAGGCACUCAGGUAUGCAAGGGGACAAUUAACAGAUGAUGUUGACUCUGACGAAACUGAAAAUAUUUUAAAAUUUGAUGGUUUUAGCACAGCAUCUGGGACUAAAGUUGAGGUGUCUGAAAAAGCACUUAAGUUUGUACAAAGACAAUUAACAGAUGAUUGGGACACUGACAAAGCUGAUAAUGUUGCAAAAUUUGAUGGCAUUAGCACAGCAUCUGGUACAAAAGUCCAGGUGUCUGAAAAGGCACUCAAGUAUGCCAAAGGACAGUUUACAGAUGGCAGUGGACUUGACAAAGUUGAAAAUGUUCCAAAAUUUGUUGGCUUUAACACAGCAUCUGGUACAAAAGUCCAAGUGUCUGAAAAGGCACUCGAGUAUGCAAGAGGUCAGUUAACAUAUGAUGUUGACUCUGACGAAACUGAAAACAUUUUAAAAUUUGAUGGUUUUAGCACAGCAUCUGAGACUAAAGUUGAGGUGUCUGAAAAAGCACUUAAGUUUGUACAAAGACAAUUAACAGAUGAUUGGGACACUGACAAAGCUGAUAAUGUUGCAAAAUUUGAUGGCUUUAGCACAGCAUCUGGUACAAUAGUCCAGGUGUCUGAAAAGGCACUCAAGUAUGCAAAAGGACAGUUUACAGAUGGUGAUGACUCUGAUAAAGCUGAAAAUGUUCCAAAAUUUGAUGGUUUUAGCACUGCUUCUGGUACAAAAGUCCAGGUGUCUGAAAAGUCACUAAAGUAUGCAAAAGGAAAAUUUAAAGAUGAUGUUGACUCUGACGAAGCUGAAAGUGUUCCAAAAUUUGUUGGGUUUAGCACAGCUUCUGGAACUGCAGUUGAUGCAGUUGAAAUAUCAGAAGAAGCCUUGAAACAUGGUAAAGAUGGGUGUAUGGAAGAGUCAAAUGCAGUCUCGGGAAGCUCUAGACCAGAUAAUCAUUUAGCUCAGUUAAAUAAAGAUGAAAAUGAAAGUGAGGGAAUGGGUGAAGAUCUUGAAGUGGUAUUUGGAAUGGCCAUGAAAAGAAGAAAGCUGGACAUGAGGAGAGAAAGAAAACUGGUACAAAAUCUUUCAGAUGAAGGACCAUUGAGCAGGAGAAAGCCAGUUAAAAGUACUCAUGCAGUGGCAGCAACAGACAAAAGACACCCUGGAUUUAGACCUUUCAAACCUGUUUUCUGUAAAUCCUUGGAUAACAGAGCAGUAAGACAAGAAGUUCAACAUAACAGUCCUGGUAAGCCAAACUUUGGUGUCAAAUCUUCGUUCCAGACACCAUAUAGGAAUACACCAGAAAAACCGGACAUUGCUUCUGAUAAACUCAGUCCUGCAAAAUCUGGGUCAGUUUCAAUAGUGGGUCAUGGGGAUGGAAGUCAUAGAGGUCAGUUGUCUGGGAAAUUGAACACAUCAGACAUGUAUCCUUCAGGAGAUUGCAAGGAGAAGCACUAUACUAGUGUUAAUCAAGGCUCUGAGGAAUCGGAAAAACUUUCGACAUCGGUAAAACCUGUUUCCCAGAAGAAUGAUUUUGAUAAUAAAAAUCAAAUUUGUAGGCAGGAGAAAGUUGCUUAUGAUGAUAGUAAACCAGAAAGCAGUAAAACUUUUAAUGAAUGCACUGUUAAUAAUGGGGCUAAUCAGCAAACUUUAGAUUCUAAAGGGAACAAUAAUGUCAACAUUGAGACAGUUUCCAUUGAUACGAAGGAAAAUUUGAAUACUGAAGUACCAGAUGCAGCACAGGCUUCGCAAAAUAAUGAGUUUGAUUCGUUCAGCCAAGAUGAGGACGAUGUCUAUUAUUGCAUGCUGGUAGAGGCACGGAGACAUCAGGAUGAUAUUAUUAAAGGAAAAGCAGCAAACAGGGUUCGUCCAGUUGUUGGAAAGUUAUGGAACGUGAAGCAGAGGGACAAUAAAUGGAAACUUAGAGAUGUAGUUGAUAGACUUGAUAAGGAAUUGGAAAGGCCACUACAUGUGACAUCAGGAAGUGCUGCAAAUCACAAGUUUUCAAUGGAGUCUCAUUAUGGUAAAAACAUGGCACAUAUUUCAAUAGGAGACAGGGCUUACCUUGUUCCUGAUGAUGCUGGAAAGAUCGGCAAGGAGGAAUUUUACAGAGCAUUUCUCACUGUAGAAGGGGUAGAUGCUAAGCUGAUCAGUGAGUCCUGGGUGUAUAACCACUAUAGAUGGAUAGUUUGGAAACUUGCUGCCUAUGAGAACACAUCAACUUGUUUGAGAACUAGGUCCCUUACUCCAGAGAUGGUAAUGUUACAACUUAAAUACAGAUAUGAUAGAGAAGUGGAUUUCUCUCAGAGGUCUGCUAUAAAGAAGAUAUAUGAACGAGACGAUACACCAAGUAAAAGACUGGUCCUGUGUGUUGCUGCAAUAAAAAGAUAUAGUUCAGAUGGAACAGCAGUAGAUCAGUCCAAACCAACUAUAGAACAAAAGGUAUUGCUUGAAUUAACUGAUGGCUGGUACAGUAUACCAACACAAAUUGAUUGGCCUCUGUCACAGCUUGUUCUGAAUGGAAGGAUACGUAUAGGACAAAAACUUUGCAUCACAGGAGCAGACUUGGUGGGUGGGGAGGAUGCAUGCACCCCACUAGAGGCAUCUUCAUCCAUCAUGUUGAAGAUCUGUAGAAACUCUACGCGACCUGCCCCAUGGGACAGUAUCCUUGGUUACCAGAGAGACCCACGACCCCUCUGUAUACCACUUUCUGGUCUUGAUGGUGAAGGAGGAGUUGUUGGCAUGGUAGACGUUGUUAUUGUACGCAAAUAUCCCACACUGUACAUGGAAAAGUUUGAAGGGGGAGGAUGUAUAUAUCGCACGAGUAGAUGUGAGGAUCGGGCAAGACAGGAGUUUGAGACAGAGAAGCAGCAGGAAAUGGAGAAAGUUUACAGACAGAUGGAAAACAUGGCAGAGAAGGAAGAAAAAAUGGAGAAGAAGAAGAAAAGUAAUGGACUGAAGAAGUUCAGUCGAGUUGAUAUAGAAAAUCUGCAGACCGGACAGGACAUUUAUGAAGCCAUGGAGGAGGCAGCACAACCAGAUAUGAUGCAGAAUUACCUGAGCGAUGAACAGCUGAGUAUGUUAUAUGAGUAUCAACGGCAGGUACAGGAACAAAAGCAGGUAGAGCUCAACUCGAAAUUCCAGAGGGCUUGGCAGGAAAAACUGGAGACGUUUCCAGAGAGGUCUGUUACACCUGUUCUGAAAUUUAGGGUUGCUGGAUGUGCAAAUAGGGAUCUUGACCUAAAAACAAGUACUAUAUUGACAGUUUGGCGACCAGCUUCGGAGAUCUCAGACUUACAGGAAGGCCAUAGAUACAAAAUUUACAGUCUGAAUACUUCAGUUUCAAGAUCCAAGUAUACGGGUCAUACUGUACAGCUGACAGCUACAAAACAGACAAGAUUUAGACGUAUGCAACUAGAUGAAAACAUCCUGGACAAUAUUUAUGAAGCAAGAGAGGUUUUAUGGGUGAGUGACAUCAGGAGGAGACAGCCUCCAUUUGGUGAACUGGACUUUGUUGGUAUUGUUGUGAAAAUCACACAGUCAAGCUAUAAUGAUAGGUUAUGUGACAUUGUGUAUCUUGCGGACUGUCAAACUGGGAUUCUGGCUGUGCGCUUUUUAAAUGGAUAUAAGAGUUUUGGUGAAGAUCUAUUCAAGGUAGGACAGGCAUUAUGCUGCAGCAAUCUAAUGGACAAAUCACCAUAUCGUUAUCAUCAUAUACCUACAGUGGAAGUGUCGUCAGAAUUUACUCAUAUCACUAACAGUUCCCAGAAUGCUGCACAACGCAAGGCUCUGGCUAAGUUGAAUAGUGUGACAAAGGAUAAGACAGGUUUUGUGGAGAAAGCCGUUGCAAUGUUGGAAAAUGUAUCAAGUGAUGAUAGGAAUCAGAGUAUUCCUAAGAAAGUUUUAGAGAUCAAUGAAGACUUCAAAGCAGAAUUUCCAAGAAGAAAUGUUGGUACACUCCAGUUGAAUACUGGCCAGUCAGACUUGGAAGGUCUGAAUGAAAUUUACCUUGAAAAUAAUAGUUUUGAAUCUAUUCAUGAGAAUCAUAAAGCUGGCUGCAAAAGGGUAAAUAUUCAGACGGGUGAAGCAACUUCCAGUAACUCAGAUAAUAUUGAUAACUCUGAUAAGGAAGCUUCUGAGUCAAAUAGGACUCCAGUGGUAGACAGUAAGUCUGUCACUCAUGAACUAGAUGUUACCACAACUCCUGUGAUAGAACGUAAGCGAUCCAUUGCUCAGUUGAAAAUGUCACGACUGAUGUCGUAUGGGUCACCGUCAGUGUUAUCUCCACUUAGUGCAGCUGUACCAAGAUCAGUGUCAAAAGGUUUUAAACCACCAGCAUUUAAAAAAUUGUGAUUUUGUUAUAACUUAUAAUUAAAUAUAUGGUAUUUAUCACUGCUGUAGGUUAGUUAGUUAAUUAAGAAAAGGAGAGCAAAUUAUUUAUAUGUACUGUAAAGUAAAAGUAGUUCUAUACAUUGCAGAUAUCCUCAGAUUCAAGAUUUUAUAUCAGAUUGUUGUUGUUGUUGUUUUUUAAAAUACAUUUUCAGCUGUGGGCAAAGUUUCUGCUGUUACCUGUGCUUCAUGUAUAUCUAAAUUUUUUGCCCAUAAUUGCAGUUUCAUUUAAAGAUAUUUUCAUGGCAUGAAACGAAAUUUCGAAAAGGAAAAGUUGUUUUGUAAUAAAACUUACCUCAUUCAAUAAAUUUGUAUAUAUAAAUCCCCCGCCACGAGUGGUGGGGGGUUAUAGGAAUGGUCUCCGUCCGUACGUCCUUCCAUCUGUCUGUCUGUAACAUUCUGUGUCAGCUUUUUAUCUCCUAAACCUGUUGAAGGAUUUUCAUGAACCUUUGGUCAAAUUAUCACCUCAUGUAGACGAUGUGCAGAACCCAUGAGUCAGCCAUGUCAGCUCAAGGUCAAGGUCACAACUUGAGGUCAAAGGUUUGAGCCUUUCAUUUCUUGUCCACUCUGUAUGAACUUAGUGCAGCUGUACCGAGAGGAUAACAUGGAACUUGGGUCAAAUGAUCACCUCAUCAAGAGGAUGUGCAGAACUUAUGGAUCAGCCAUGUUGGCUCAGUUCGUGGUCACAACUCGAGGUCGAAGGUUUGAGCCUUCCAUUUUGUGUCCGCUCUAUAUCUCCUAGAUCCAUUGAAGGGUAGUUAUGAAACUUGGGUCAAAUAAUCACCUUAUCAAUACCAUGUGCAUACGAGUCAGCCAUGUUGGCUCAAGGUCAAGGUCACAACUCGAGGUCAAAAGUCAAAUGUUUUAGCCUUCCAUUUUGUGUCAGCACUGUAUCUCCUAAACUCCUUGAAAGAUUUUCAUGAAACUUGGGUCAAUUAAUUACCUAAUCAAGGCGAUAUGCAGCACUCGUGAGUCAGCCUUGUUGCCUCAAGGUCAAGGUCUCAACUCGAGGUCAAAGGAAGCAGCCUUCCAUUUUAUGUCUGCUCUAUAUCUCCUUAACCCCUUGAAGGAUUUUAAUAUGACUUGGCUGUAAUAUUCCAUUUAUCAAGACAAUGUGCAGAAUUCAAAAUUCACCCCAGUCAGCUUAAGGUCGAGGUCACAACUCAAUUGUUUAAUGGUUCCACCAAAUACUGUAAACUCUUUCACUAUCCAUAACAAUGGCGCGGGAUAUAGCUGUCUCGGACUGCGGUGUUAAUUCUGUCACAUUCAAACCAGGGUUCUAGCCAGGUAUUUGUUAUAGCCAGGCUUUGCAGAAUUAUUGCUGGGUACACUUUUUAGCACUUACCACAAUAUACAUAUAUUUCAUUUUUGUUAAAAUGUUUUAAGUCCACUAGUCUUGAAUACCAUAAAAGCUAUAGAUUUGAAGUUUACCACUGUCGGUAAGUAUAUAAAGAAUGUUAACUUUGUCAUGCAUUACCAAUUGUCAUGCAUUUACAGCCAAGCAAUGACACGCAAAGGCAGUUAUCUAGUUUGAAUUCCUCUUUUACUGUUGAAUAUGUUUUGUUUUAUAUUCAUGGUGCUUAUAUUAUGACAUUUGAAUAAAGUGAAAAUCUUUGUUACUGUUA